GCCUGUCGAGAGGUGGGGGACAGUCUCCAUCCUCUGGGGGGGUCCUGUCACCUCUGGGGGGGGUCCUCCUUUGAGAUGGGGUCACCAGCACUCACCCCAAGAGCAGAUUGCAUCGUUUCACACCCACGCGGAGGGGAACAGGGAUGCACAGGCUUCGUAGGCAUAUUACAGAACCCCCCCAUUGCACCCACAGCCCCACCCCGCCUCCCUGGCCCAUGAGCGCUGAUCCCACCCACCGCCCCCUCUCCCCAGGUGACGGAUGUGAAGGAGAAGCUGCGGCUGAUGCGGGGGUUCUGGGUCACCCUGCCCCACACGCUCUGCAGCGACGGGAAGGUGGCUGCUGAUGUGACAGACGAGGACAAGUGCUGGAACGGGCAGGCCCGGGGCAGGUACCUCCCGGACGUGACGGGGGACGGACUGGUGAAUCAGAUCAAUAACCCGGAGGUGGAGGUGGACAUCGGGCGGCCCGACCUGCUCACCCGCCAGCACAUCCUCCAGCUGCGGGUGGCCACCAGCCGCCUGCAGGGGGCCUACGGGGGCCGGGACCUUGACUUCCAGGACACCUAUGAGGAUGGCAGUGGCUCGGGAGGGGGUGAGCAGUACAGCGAGGACUGGCCGGCUGGAGGGGGUGGCGGCAGCAGCCAUUCGGGGUCCCGCCUCCCCGACUCCCGUUCAUCCCGCAAGGACCGGCCGGGCAAGGGCUCCAGGCAGAAUCACCGUGUGGGGGGCAGCAGCAGCCAUGCCGCUUCCCGGGGGGGUGCUGCCCUCCCCCUCCCCCUCCUUCUGCUCCCCGCCCUGGCGCUGCCCCUGCUGGGGCGGUAACUCCCAGGUGCCACAAAUGUAGGGGGAUCGCUCACUCGGGGUGCAGCUGGGGGGAUUGGCAUCUUCCAGGGACUCCCCCACCAGCCUGGGGAUCGAGGGGGGUGGAGAGCGAGAUGGGAAGUAGAAUUAGGGGAGGAGGGAUGGAGGGGAGGGUUUGGGGGGGCUAGGAGGUGAGAUGUAUCGAGCCCCCCAGGGGGAAUUGCCAAGGGGAGUGGAGGGCUACAUUAGUUAGGCCCCAGGCCGAGCAUGGAUGAAUGUACCGGGGGUGGGGGGCCCCACACAGAGCUUUUAUUUUUUUACGUUGUUUUUUUUACAGGGGGUAUUUAUUUGGGGAGGUCUUUUUUAAUGAGGCAACAGCCAGGUUAAUUUUUUAUAGGGUGGGCGGCGGGGGCAGGACUGAUUUGUUUCCUACUCUCUUUCCAGAACACACAUUUUCUCCCCCCCCCGGUUCCCCCUGCCCCGGGGUCCCAGCUCUGAGCAGCCCCAGCCGGUCUCGGUCUCGCUCACCCCCCCGGUAUUCACCCUACAGCAGGGCUGGGAGUGGGGCGUGAGCUCCUGCCCUGCUCCCCACAGCACCCCCGUGGGGAGGGGGGCAGGGCCUGGGUAGCCAGGCGCUCCCCUGUGGCAGGGGGGCGGCAUUCCCUGGCCUGGCACAAGGGGUUUUGUAGCACAAUGUACAGUAGAUGCCGCUCUGGCUUUUUUAGGGAACGAACCUUUUUUUAAUGAGUUUGGACAACUUUCCCCGUGUUGGGUUUUGUGUCUUUCUUUUAAAAUCACAUAAUAAUAAAACAUUUAAUUUAUUGA